AUGAAUGCCCAGUCGGUGCGCAACAAGACAACCGAUUUUGUAGAUUACUUCUGUGAACGUAAAUAUGACUUGGUUGUGAUUACCGAGACGUGGCUCCAGCCCCAUGAUGAUGCGCUAAGAACAGAACUGUGUCCUCCUGGUUACAACUUUAUUGACUUUCCACGACAAGAAUGGAUAAGUGGAGGCAUUGGACUACUGUACAAGGAUUCACUUCGUGUCAGCAUGAUUCGAGAUGGAAUUCAAGAGUCGCUUGAGUUUUGCGAGUUGUUGGUCCAAACGUCGACUUCCCGCAAGAUACGGCUUGUGAUCGUCUACCGUCCA